AUGUUUACUGACUCGAUCCUGCUCGGCUCGCUGCACACCUACCGCACGUAUAUCGCCCGGUACAUCCUGAAAAAGGAGCCGGGCACCGGCGCGCCAGGUCUUCCGCUGGGCUACCAGACGCUCGCAGGCGUCGGCGCGGGGUGGACCAACUCGCUGGCGACGACCCCGGUCGAGCUCCUCAAGACCAAGCUCCAGAUGCAGAAGCAGCGCAUCCAGCUGCGCCACGCCAGCACGGCCAAGGUCGCCGAGGUCGAGUUCAAGAGCUCGUACGACUGCAUGCGCCAGAUUAUCAAGCACUCGGGCGUGCGUGGCCUGUGGCAUGCGCUGCCUGCUACGCUGUGGUUCCGCACGAGCUUUGGCGCAAUGUUUGGCUCGUACCAAUACUUCCAGGAGAAGCUCUCUGCGCUGGCCGAGCCGCUGCGUAGCAACGCGGCAGUUUGGUACGCAUGGGCGCUGUCGUCGGCGAGUGUCACCUUCUUCUCCGGCGGCCUCGCGGCAGAGGUGUUUUGGUUCACGGCCUAUCCGGCUGAUGUGGUCAAGAACCGCAUGAUGGCCGACUCACUAUACAACCCCAAGUACCCCAGCGGCGUACGGGGUAUGGUGCAAGCCGCGCUCGAGCUGUGGACGCCGCCGGACCACGCGGACUGCUGGGACUGCCGUGGCGCCUCCGUCGCAUAUAUACCGGUUAUUUGA